CUUCUUCCCCUUUUUUCCUCCACCUAGGGUUUUAGCUCUUUCAUCUCCCUCUGCGGAAAAGCAACCAUGAGAGAGCUCAAGUUUCAUGAGAAGAAGCUGCUGAAGAAAGUGAACUUCUUGGAAUGGAAGAGAGAAGAAGGUCACAGAGAAACUCAGGUUCUGCAGCGUUACCAUGUCACCGGUCGCGACGACUACAAAAAGUACUCGGGUUUGUGCCGGAUGGUGCACAAGCUGGUGAACAUAUUGAAGCAGUUGAACCCGAACGAUCCGUAUCGGAUCGAAAUGACCGAUAUGCUCUUGGAAAAACUGUAUAAUAUCGGUGUUAUACCAUCCAAGCAAAGCUUAGCAUUAUGUGAGCGCUUAUCGGUGUCAUCCCUUUGCAGACGUAGGCUUGCAACUGUGUUGGUUCGUCUGAAGUUUGCUGAGCACCUGAAAGAAGCUGUCACGUACAUCGAGCAAGGGCACAUUCGAGUUGGUCCGGAGACUGUUACCGACCCAGCAUUCCUUGUGACAAGGAAUAUGGAAGAUUUCAUUACGUGGGUUGAUUCAUCGAAGAUUAGGAGAAAGGUGUUGCAGUACAAUGACAAGCUGGACGAUUAUGAUGCGAUGAACUAAGGUGUGUGAACUUUUAGAGCUUCUUUCGUCCCCUUUUUGUUGGUGGCCGGAAAAAGGGAAACCAAUUCGUAAUUUGCCUGGUUCAUCGUGUAUUAAACACCUCAGCGAGAGGGUUCUUCUUUUGUGCGCCCAAUGUGGCAUUUUUGUCUGAAUUUUGGCAACGUUUUAUCUUCGUGUUCAAUAUAUACAUAUUUUUCGAGAAGAAUUUCUGAUUGAAAUGGGUUGUAACUUGUAAUUUUUGGCUAUCGAGCUUCAUCAAUUAUAACGGUUGAAAAUUCAAAGG